AUACAAUACUCAAAAAUACUCCCAGUUAAAGAAGACUAAUUCAAAGUAUAUACACCCAAAAAAAAAACUGGUACAUAUUUCUCAUAAGGAUUUAGUCAACAACAUUUCACAAAUAACACACCUUUCUUCAUUUCCAUGUCGAUCUCUGGUAUCCAAGGUCAACUGCUAGAACUUACAGUUGUUGGGUGUUUCAAAUUAAAAGAUACAGAAUGGAUUUCAAGACAAGAUCCUUAUGUUUGUAUUGAAUAUGCUAGCACCAAGUUUCGAACCCGUACCUGCACAGAUGGAGGGAAAAACCCGGUGUUUCAAGAGAAAUUUGUUUUGACAUUAAUUGAAGGGCUUAGGGAAAUUAAUGUUGUUGUAUGGAAUAGCAAUACUCUUACUUUUGAUGAUUUUAUUGGCAGUGGAAAAGUUCAAAUUCAGGAUGUUCUUACUAGGGGCUUUGAUGAUAGAUCAUGGACUCUUCAGACAAAAACGGGACGAUAUGCCGGAGAAGUUAAAUUAAUAAUGCAUUUUGCCAAUGCCAAUAAGCCGAAUGCCAGUUCCGCUCCUUCAGCCCCACCUUAUGCUUACGCUGCUCCACCAGCAGCAUUUGCAUCUCAUAUGAGUCCAGCCUCGGCCUACUCAGCUCCUCCAUCCACUGCCUAUCACCCCCCACCGACAGCCUAUCCUCACCCAUCAUCUGCAUAUCCGUCUUCUUCACCAUAUCCAUAUCCACAUAAUCCAUCAUCGUACCCGUCCUAUCCGUAUCCUCCACCUCUAGAUCGGUCAACUCAUGCUCCACCGCCAGAUCACUCAACAUAUCUUCCACCGUCAGAUCACUCAACUUAUCCUCCACCUCCAAAUCUGUCAACUUAUCCUCCACCUACAAAUCAGUCGACUUAUCCUCCACCUCCAAACCAGUCAACAUUUCCUCCAUCUGCUUACCCACCACCACCUUCAGCGUAUCCUUCAUUAUAUCCGCCGUCUCAUCAUGCUCCAUCGUAUCCACAUUCAGGAAAUUACCCUGGAAUUUAUCCUCCGCCAGCGUACUGAAGACAAUGUGGGUUUGGUUCAGAAAGUGACAGAACAACCUGCUUGUAAGGGUAACCUCUUUCUUACAUAAAACGGGUUAUUAAAUAUAUGCAUAAUAGCUGUGAAGCUGCUUUGGGGAUGAAGAACAUUAGUACAUAUAGUACAUGUCUCGCUUGCUUGCAACUGUUAAUAUUUGGUCAUUUGGUGUGAAUUAGUAAAAUUUCAUACUAGCGUAGCUAAUAAUAAAAAUAUAUUCGUAUGACUUAUAUGUAGCCUUAUGGUUUAUAAAGAUUUUGUAUGAGGUGACAAAAAAUCUGAUAUUGCAAAACUAUGUUCUUCUCAACGUAAAAAUCUGAUAUUGCAAAUUCGGGCAUAGAACACUUUGAGGUUUGUAAAGAUUUAGUAUGAGAACCACUAGUAAAGCGCUCUUGCGAGGUGUGAUAGGACCUCUGGAGAGCGUAUUAGAAGCUCUUUUACAACGUUUCAAAAAUCCCUUCCCUAGUUCUCUUACUGAUCUAGUCUCCGCUAGUCUUGCUGAGGAUCCAAAUGUCCACUAGCGCCUUAGGAGAAACAAGAUUUACUGUGACGGAAUGUCAAAACCCUUUUUGGCUUUGAAAUUUACCGAUGGUAGGGAUACCAUUUGGGGGUGAUCUUGUGAAUCAGUUCUAGCUAUAUGUCCUUGGUAUACUUUCUAUAAAAAGAUGUGAUGUGGGAGAGUAAAAUGUAGCAAUUCGCCCAGAACAAACGAGUAUUGUUUUAAAACUAACUCUUGCUUAGGUAACACCAGGAAUUUGACUCAAAAUAGACUAGUGACAUAUCCAUAAUCAGUAGUAUAAAGUAGUUGGAAUGCCUUCAAGAUAGACUUGCUUUGGUGAAAAGAGUUUAAAUUUCAUUAGUAGGCCUUCAAGGUUAGUUGUUAUUGAAUAUUGUUGUCUGAAUCAUGGAUGACAUAACCUGAAAUGUCCUGGAGAUUUAUUUUAAAGGUUUGUUGGAGUUGCAGAUAAAUAACUACUUCUAUAUGAAGUUUGAAAGUCAUGCUUCAGAUGUUGCUGUGAAAACCAAUACAAAACCGCAGCAACCCUGCCCAGUCCAGCCCAACCAUAGUGCAGAAAGAGUAUCACGGUAACAGAAUGGUAAUGCGGCAAUCACAACGAUUAAAUAUUGGUUGAUAUCAUAAGAUCUCCCCUGAUACUGCCGAAAAUGUGCUUUUUUAACACCUUUAUAACGUGGGAAUAUCAGUUCGUAUUUUUGAAAACUUUUACUAUACGGCUGAUGCGACACAAUGUGGCAUUGUUUUUGCACUAUGAGCCACUAACAUAUAGUUGUGAAAUUACUAACAUAUAAUUUUCAUGGAAAGAAAUUGGAUACACAAAGUCUUGGACUGUAAUUUUCAUAAGAUUGAAUAGCCGACCAUUCCUUUUAAAAAAUAUGAUUCUGUCAUUGAACUGGUCCUAAUAAUAAUAGCUAUAGGCUUGUCUAGUCUUACCAAAACUUUGACAAACUUGUGAAACUACCAACAUAUACUUCUAGUAUAUUUAUAGCCCUCUCUUCUUUCUACACUUUUUAAGCACUAAGAACCCACAUUUCUUUUGUAUGCUCGUUUUCUGCCCUUUUGAUUUUGAUACAUUGAAAGAUCAACGUGAGAGACUAGACGGGUUGUUUUUUGUCAUUAUUAGAAGUAAACUCGUAAAGACAGAAGAAAUAGAAAUGAAGUACAUUAGACAAAUUGUAGUAUGUGUGAACUCUUUUUUGAUUGUACUCUUAAUGAAGAAGUUAGGAAGAUAAUAAAGUUAUGAUAGCACUCAAGAAGGCAAGGUUAGGUUUAGGCAGCAGUAGCACGCAUGCAAAACCUCAUUGCAAUUAUUAAUCACAUGGAAGAAACUAUGAAUUAUUAUUAUCAUUUUUCAUCAUGCAAAUUUGUGUUUUAGAAUCAUACUCUUUCUAGUCAUCUACUCAAGUAUAUGCUUUUUUGCACUCCCUUUUGACCAUCCAACUAUGCCAAAAGGAAAAGGAAAAAUCAUUCCCCAAACAAAAUAUGAGGAAAAUAAAAGAAAAGCCAAAUAAAAUGGGGAAAAAUAACCAAAGGGUAAGAAUUGUGUAUGUAAUGUCACAUUCAAUUUUGAAUAUAUUUUCCCUAUGGUAAAAGCACAUGCCAUAUUGCCAUUAAUUCUUAAGUACUUUAUUUUUCCAAAAAGAAAAGUUAAUAUAAAGAAUAAAUAUUAGUAUUGUGUUCCACUCAUUCUAUAUUAUUUAGGAGGAAAAACUUUUAUACUAUAAUCCCGAAUGAUAUAGAUUAAAUGGGAUAGAAGUGUAUAAUUCCUCUGUUCUCAAAUAGUUGUUACGUUAUAGUUAUUGACACUAUUUAUCGUUCAAGUUUAGUUUAUAUAUUGCGGCUAAUAUAUAAGAAAAAACAUAGUCAUGUGGGAUCUAGUAUGAAUUGUCUACUCGAAUAUUUUCAUAAUAUAAUUUUUUUAAUUUUUAUAUGUGCAUAGUUCAAAAUAUAAAUAAUCAAAAUAAUACAUUGAAUUGCAUAAAAAGUCAAGUAUAACAAAUAUAAUGAAGCGAAUGAAGUAUAUUAUAUAUUACUAUACUCUUACAAUAUUCUAAUGUUCCCACUAAGAUUAGUCCAACAUAGUAGUUGAAUGUUGUUGUGAAAAGGGUCAAAGCUUAGUUGAGAAGUGAUAGGAUGACUUUAUGAGAAGUUUGAGGAGUGGAGUAUGUACAUUGUACUAUUUUCUCUACCCUUUAAAGUUUUUCUACACUUUUCAAAACCUUUGUUUGAAACCCAAGAAUUUGUGUCACUGAAACAUGUUUGACAUUGUGUAUUUUUUAGUACUAUUAUUAGGAAAUAUUGGUAAUAAUUAUUAAUAACAAACAAUACCAAUUGGAUCUAAGAGAGGACUUUGUGCACCUCAUCUUGCCAGGUAGUCAAUUUAGUUAGUUUUGGUUGAAUAUUGCCCCUUGUCAUUCUUUGUAUAUUCAAAACCAUACACCUCACUUAUCAUUCAUUCUAAAAUUGAAAGAAUAUGUCUAGGGGUCUACAAAACUCUAUCGAUCCCAAUCCCGUCACAAAUUUUGUCUCUAAAAGUCGACAUACCUCUAUAAACUUUAAUCACAUUACAAACGCCUCUCUUUAGUGGUUAACAAUACGCUCUAAUAUACGUUAGAUCAUCGAAAGUACUGUUAAGAUGAUGGACCUGUUUGUUAUAAGAUUUUUAGAUCUUAAAAAAAAAUUAGUUUAGUUAAGCUUAUUACUU